ACUUUCAAAAGACAAAACGAAUGAAGUGGUUCAUUGACUCUGUAAUUUGUGAAAUAAUCGUGUGACUGUCUUCGCAGCUUGGUAUUUUGUCAGCGAGCUGCACACCGGUAUUUCACAUAAUAAGAGAAUUACUGUAGGCUAGCUGCCUUCAAGGAAUUAUUUUGGCGAUACUGAAAGGGUGGAAAUUUUCUGUUCAUUUCAUUAAUUUUUUUAAAUUUUAAUGAAGUUCUGUAUAGUAGACCAUCAACAAAAUAAUUCAAUCACCGUAGAUUCUAUCAUCUUUUAGUAUUGGAGUAGAUUAUUCAUAGUGCUUUUCGCGAGCUGCUCCCUGAGUCUGAGCCUGGAGGCACAGACUGAGCCAUGGCUGCUGCGCUAGAGAAACCCCAGAUCAUUGUCCAUUUGCAAAAGGACGUCAACUACACACUGUACGAUGCCAAGUGGAUACCAUGCAGUGCCAAGUUCGUGGCAAUGGGCAGUCACCCACGUGGCACUGGUGCACUUCAGGUCUACGAAGUAUCUUCAGGAGGACUUGAGCUCAGGAAGGAGGCUGAGAAGCAGACAUCUUUCAAGUGUGGAACAUUUGGCGCUACCUCACUUCAGCAACGUCACUUAGCCACCGGUGACUUUAAGGGCAAGCUGAUGACAUGGGAUCUUGAGUACAUUGACCUACCAGUGUAUGCCGCCAAAGCCCAUGACGGUAUUGUCAACACCAUAGAUGCCUGUGGUGGUCUAGGAAUCGGCGGCGGUGCUCCAGAGAUAGUAACUGGAGGGCGUGAUGGCGCGGUAAAGGUAUGGGACACAAGACAACAGGAAACGCCGGUUGCAUGUAUGGAACCUGACGAUGACACAACUAGAAGAGAUUGCUGGGCGGUGUGUUUCGGCGACUCUCACACCGACUCGGACCGAUGCGUGUGCGCCGGCUACGACAAUGGCGACGUGAAGCUGUUCGACCUGCGCACAAUGUCUUUACGCUGGGAGACCAACGUCAAGAACGGGGUUUGUUGCGUGGAGUUUGACAGGAAAGACAUACAGAUGAACAAACUUGCGGUGACUACCCUGGAAAGCUGCUACUCACUUUAUGACAUGCGCACGCAGCACCCAAAGAAGGGCUUUGCCUCACUGACAGAGAAGGUCAAGCAGUCGACGGUGUGGUGUGCCCGACACCUGCCACAGAACCGUGAUGUCUUUAUGACGUGCGGUGGUAACGGCAGUAUGAACUUAUGGAAAUACUCGUACCCAGCCAAACGCACGCAUGUUGAUGACGACGGCAAGGCAGAAGGUGUGGUGGGCAAUGUGGACUUGAUACAGAAUGUCACUGUGUCAACGCAGCCAAUCUCCAGUCUGGACUGGAGUCGGGAUAAGGAGGGCUUGGCUGUCUGCACAUCGUUUGAUCAGUCCGUGCGCGUGGUGAUCGUAACCAAACUGAACCGAAUGUAACUGUCACAUGGCACAUUCAAAGCCUGGCAGUACGCUCCAUGGUCCGUGCUUUCUGUAGCAUUAUUCAACUCUGGAGACAGUGCUACAUUCAGAAUUCUACUCGGCAGUGUUUGAAGAGUCUUGUCUCUACGUUACCAUUCGUUGCACGACACAUCAGUCAUCAGGACAUGUAGGUAUCUAUCUCAGUCUAUAUACAUAUACUACUUGAAGUAUGCCCAGUGCUGUGUUCACUAGUCUUUGUGCUCUCGGUACUGCACACUUGUCUGCCGGGUGUGCUGGUCAUAUCCUGUUGUUUUAUUUUUAUAACUGCGCCUCUUCCGCUGUGCAGCCGAGUUGGUGCUGGCUGGGUCUUUGUCGGGCUGAGCGCUGCGCCUGUAUUUGACAUUGUAAUCCAAAUCGAAUUUUGACCUGGUACACUGGCGAGGUGAAAUCGUUUGAUCUGCGAAAAUAGCUCUCCAGAAACGAUCAGCGCUUUCUGGGGUAGCGUUAUUAACUACUAGUGUGAUUGCAGUUGUGAACAUUUGAACAGUUUUAGUUGGCUGUCUGCUUUCUACGUACUUCAAUGUUGACUUGCCGAUUACAGCUGCUGGUACUGCUGCCGCUGAGCUUGCGACUGGGCCCUGGCCCCCGCAUGCAUCCCACGCGCAUGCCCCCCCCCCUCCCACACACACCUGCUGCCAGCUGGAUUGGUUUGUGCUUACUACUAGAAAUCUGCUCAACUAACCUCCUCUUUUGCUUGUCACACCGUUUACCCGGGAUGUUAUGUUCUCAUGUUCUCGUUGUGGAACAAGAUGUUGAAAACCAG